AUGUCGCAAUACUACAACCAGUACGGCGCUUCUGCUUCUCCCUCGGCGACCGAGAACCUCCAGUUCUACCACGGCUCGUACCAGGCCACGCCCUCACAAGCUCCCCCGACCAGCUAUGGCGUACCACCUGGCGCUGGCUUUCGCGAACAGAGCGGCCUGAGGACAGGCUGGCUGGCUGCCUUUUCUGCAGAGGGAUACGACAAUGAGCCUUCAUUACGAGAGGAGUUGGGCGUCGACUUUGGACACAUGCAGGCCAAGACGCUUGCUGUGCUGAACCCAUUCUCUCCUAUCGAGCGGCUGGAGCAUGUCAUGAACGACUCUGACCUGGCCGGACCCCUGUUGUUCGUUGUUCUCUUUGGCGCUUUUCUCCUGUUCAGUGGCCAGGUCCACUUUGGAUACGUCUAUGGUCUUGCCCUCAUGGGAUCGACGGCUCUGUACAUGAUUCUCAGCUUGAUGACGCCGGAUACACCUCCAGGAUACCCCGGCGCCGAUGUUUCGCCUAGCACGCUCACAUUCACCCAAAACGCCAGUGUAUUGGGAUACUGCUUCUUGCCACUUGUCCUUACGUCACUGAUUGGUGUGACCAUGCCACUGGACUCUACAGCUGGAUACAUCAUUACGACUUUGGCCAUUUGCUGGUCAACAUCAAGAUCAAGCGCCAUCUUUUGUGCUGUCGGCAAAAUGAGAGAUAUGCGCGGGCUUGUGGCGUAUCCAGUAGCCCUGUUCUACGUAGGGUUUGGCAUCAUCACCAUCUUCAACAGCCGAGGCAAGGCGCAAUGA